ACUAUUGUUUCUGGUUUGAUGACACCAGACAAAGCAUGCAAAUGCAUGUUGCAUGCCGCCAUGGGCUCACAAUACACAUUGCUCAUCACUCGAGUGUCAGAGAAGGAGUUGGACCUACUCCAUCUGCAGCCGCCGAUUAUGUUAUUCCUAAGACAACACUAGUCCUAGCUACUACUACUGUAAUCAUUAAUUGCCAAUAAACUAAAAUCUCGAGAACAUCUACUAGUCGCCUGCCAAAUUCGAGAACUCCAACCUUCCGUUCCCCGGCUUAUAUUGAAAUCCCUAGAAGACAAUUAUGCAGAAGGACUCGCUACUCUCUGUAGCAGAACGUGCACACCCAGCCUGGUUUAACGCUGAAACUGGAAUCUACGGGAGCCCACACGCCGCCGUCGCUCUCCCCGCCAACCCUCUCCUUGACCUCGUCUCUUUCAUCUUCUCCCAUCGCCGUCGCGAUGCACCCCACACCUCUUCCUCGUCUGCAGUCGCCCUUCCGAUUCCGCUUCCGGCCACUCAAUCUCUUACGUACCAAGACCUCUUCCCCCUCGUCAAAUCCACGGCCUCUGCUCUCCACAAAUUGGGCAUCCGCCACGGCGAUGUCAUCUUGCUCGUCCUCCCCAAUUCAAUUUGCUUCCUCGUCGUCCUCCUCGCCGUCCUAUACGCCGGCGCCGUCGUCACCACCAUGAACCCUCUCGCGACCGUCGUGGAGAUCCAGAAGCACAUUGCCGAUUGCGGCGUCCGUUUGGGACUCGCUGCGCCGGAGAGAACAGAGCGGAAGGGAAAGCUUUGUUUUUAUUAAUUUUUAUUGUAAAUUUCCAAUUUUGCCCUUAAUGAAUUAUGUUGUUACAG